GUUACAUAACAUACUCUAUUGGUAUGAUAUUAAAUUAUAUAACACAACAAAAAGAUAUGAUGAUUUAUUCAUUUAGUAUAUUUUUGUUUACACUAUAAUUAGCAUUUGUUAUUAAUAGUAUAUUUCCACAGUGUAUUUUUUAAUAUUUUUUCAGUAAUAAAUAUAAUAAUAUUAAUACAUUAAAUAAAAGUAAUAUAAUUAUCAAUAUAAUAAUUGGGAUAAACUAAUAGCAAAAAUGGCUGGAGAUUCCAAACCUUCUGGAAACGCGGAUUUACGUAGAUUUAUGGAAAAAAGACUCGAUGUUCAUUUAAACGGAUCGCGACACGUUGUCGGAGUUCUAAGGGGAUAUGACACAUUUAUGAACAUCGUGCUCGAUAACGCUCUCGAAGUUGUUGGGGAGGACCAAGUGGAUCUGGGAGUUGUAGUGGUUCGAGGAAAUUCGAUAUUAUACUGGGAAUGCCUAGAUAGAGUUAAUACUAGAUAAUUUUUUAAAACGCAAUUUUUUAAUUUAAUAUCAAUUAUAAUUAGUUCACUACAAUUAUAUCUGUCAAAUUUAUUUGUUAAAUAGCCGUAGAAGAAUUUUCAUGCAAGGUAUAAUUGUGAUUUAAAUAUUUAAUGCAAAACACAUUCAAAUUUGCGUCGUAUCAUAUAAACAAAU